AUGCUUAAACUCGGAAUUUGUCUUGCGAUCGUAUUCAUUGCCUGCAAUCUCUAUGGGUCCCAGGCAAAACCCACUGACGAUGACUUCACCAGUCUUCUAAUAAAGGACCCAAACCACCCGCUGCGGCAAAUGCUACCGUUGCUAGAUCAUAUUGCGGCUUACCGAUCCAAAAUCCUUGUGGAUGAGAUCAACAAACUUAAAACUGAAACGACUGAGCUGAAACAAACGAUGUGGCGGAUUCUGGCGGCAAUGGAGAGCGGACAGUCGUCCCUGCAAGAAUCUUUGAAGGACGUCGUUCCGAAGGACUUGAAUGACCGGCUUGGCAGGGUGGAGGACCAACAGACGGAUAUUCAAAAGUCCCUGGGCGCCCAAUUGGAAAUGCAAGUCAACUUGGAUAAAGGUCAGCAGUCCGUACUCGAAAAUGUUCAGAGUUUAGACAAGAAAUUAGCUGAUCUUUAUAAAAUAAUUUCGGAACACCACGACUCCCAGUCUGCGGAACUUCAAUAA